AUGAGCAUGAAAAAUGCUGCUUCAACUCAGUCAGACCGAUGCUCCAAGCGACCCCACGUGGAUGAAUUCCUCAGACGCAUGGGGGAGAUGUUUGAAUGUGUCUUAUUCACGGCGAGCCUCUCCAAGUAUGCGGAUCCCGUGUCAGACAUCCUGGACAAAUGGGGAGCUUUCCGAAGCCGUCUCUUCAGGGAGGCGUGCGUCUUCCACAAAGGCAAUUACGUCAAAGACUUGAGCCAUUUAGGGAGGGACCUCAACAAAGUCAUCAUCAUCGACAACUCGCCCGCCUCCUACACUUUCCACCCGGACAACGCGGUUCCUGUGGCAUCCUGGUUCGACGACAUGUCGGAUAGCGAGCUCCUCGACCUGAUCCCCUUUUUCGAAAGGCUAAACAACGUGGACGACGUCUACGACGUCCUGAAGGAGCAGAGGGCCCUGGGAUGAGCGCGAGCGUCGAGAUCAGCGCAGUGGCGCCUUUGACUUUCUC